CGAGACUGCCGCCGCCACUCCUUCCAGUCCGAUAUAAAGUGUUCAGCACGCGCUCCAUUAGAAGACUCAGCCCCAGCACCCGAGAAGACACUGUCAUCUGGUCAACCAGCACGGAUUCCGUACUUCGUCAUGGUCGCCCUAACACCUUGUUUCGCUGCUCUCCUGCUCCUCUCGGCCACGGUCGCAUCACCCGUACACAAAUAUGGGAAUACUGGUGGUAGCAGCAGCAGUAGCAAGAAGACAGAUAUCUUGUCCCUACCGACGGUCUCUGAAGGCUUGGACUUUCUCUGUCUAUUUCCUCUUGUCGAAAGGUACACCAAGCUUUGUACGCGCGCGACGAGCAGCUCGAGUUCGUCCGGAACGACCGUCACGACUCCACUCGGUACCGCGACCGGCACGGUGUCCUCGUCUGCUGUUAGGUUUGCCGUCAAGUACGCUUCGGCGGAGAGGUGGCAGGAUUCGUCCGUCGUGACGACUUGGGAGCUUCCCAAUAACUCGACGGACGCGUCGGCUUCACCAUUGGUUUGCCCCCAGUCGGGCGUGGAUGCGUCUGAUUACUCGGAGGAUUGCUUGUCCAUGCUCCUCUACGUUCCCUCGUCGGUAUUGAGCUCCGGGGGCGAUGUACCGACCUUCAUGUGGAUCCACGGAGGCUCUUUCAUCCAGGGAUCUGCUACGCAGGCUGGUAUCGACGGCUCCAAUCUCGCUGCGGCAACGGGUUCAAUUGUCGCGGUCAUUCAGUAUCGUCUCGGAGCGUUCGGAUGGAACGCACCUGAUGGAAGCACCAAUAUGGCCCUCGGGGACGUCAUAAACGCGUUGAAAUUCCUCCAGACGGUCGUUCCUAGCUUUGGAGGCUCUGCAUCCAAGAUCACGGCUGCCGGUCAGAGCAGCGGAGCGAACAUGGUCAGGGCUCUCCUCGCGACCCCCUCAGCCGACUCCCUGUUCCAGUCGGCUAUCCUCCAAUCUGAUCCCAUGGACUACGGUUUCCUGUCCACGAGCACACAAACGACGCUCCAAAGCUACUUCAACUCCCAACUCAACUGCUCCAGCACCGACACAUCCUGCCUCUCUUCCCUCUCCACCUCCGACAUCCUCAGCGCCUCCGGCUCCCUCUUCUCCGAAGCCGUCAACCUCGACGAAUCCGCCACCGCCUCCGAACCCAUGCGUCCCGUGCACGAUGGAACGCUGAUAACCACCCCCCUCGACCUAACCGCCACCUUUCCCUCCGUCUCCAAGCCCAUCCUCCUCACCACUGUCCUCGACGAAGCCGGUCUCACCAUCUACGGCAGCUUUGACGACAGCAUGACCGCGUCGACGUACGAUUUAGUCGUCGAGGGCACGUUCACGAGCAGGACGGACACGGUUCUCAGUGCGAGCGAGUAUACGGUCCCGGUGCUGGCGGAUGGGCAGCAAGCGGACGCGAGGAGCACGUUGCAGACGUUGGGCACGGAUCAGAUAUGGAGGUGCGCGACUUGGACGAUGGCGAGGAAUUGGGUGGGCAAUGGGGCGAGUGCGUAUGUGGGCGUUUAUGUCGUCGGCGCAACGUAUCCCGGGAAUGAGGACGUGAGCUUCUGUACGGAGGACGGUGUGGUGUGUCAUCAGGACGACAUCGAGAUCGUGUUCGGCACCGUCACGUCCCCGACAUCCGCACAGUCCGCGCUCAUCACAGAGAUGCAAGCGCGCUACAAAGCCUUCCUCAACACGGGCAACCCCAAUCCCACCUCCGGCUCCUACGCCACCUGGGCGCCCGCGACGACGACCGAUAUCCCUGCGCUUUUGCUCGGCGGGAAUGGGAGCACGGCGGACGCGGGGGCUUGUACGGUUGACUUUUGGGGGGAUAAGCUGUUGUAUGAUUAUCAGGUUUACGAUAUCUGAUAUCGUGGAUCUGAUAGUCAGGUGAAGCUCGGGGGUUGACCACCGAAAAUAUGUGGUGCGUCGCGACUCGCCGGUAUGGGUCCAGGUAUGGAUAUAGGUACAGUAUACGUCUUGCAUUGUCUAUUGGUCUAAUUGGCGUCUUUUGUGUCUUCAUCGUUGUCCUCAUCUUACGCAAGUUUUUAUUAGUUCGACAUAUUGCCGUUGUUCCGUUUCUUCCCCCUGUUACGGUCUACGUCUUUUUCAUCCCACUUUCAAACGGCAUGACAGCCACUCUAAUCAUUCGAAGACCCGGACAUUGACUUCGUUCUGUGCUUGGUCUUUCUUUCGGAUCUCUUCUGUUUUGCUUACUAUACCUUAUGAUGUUUCGUCUUCACUUUUCCUACUUCUCUUCUCCUCGGCUCUUCUCGGCUCCUUUCUCGUCUCGUCUCGCUCGUCCGCCUCUGGCUACUGUAUCCAUAAUGAUUUCCAUCUCUUUCUCGUACGUUGUCACGACUCACGUCUUACGUCUCUUGCCCUCUGCUCUGCUCUCUCCCCUCCCCUUACCUCCCCUGUGUCUUUAUGUGAUUAACGUGGUCAAGAAGAAGGGUGGUACGUAGUCUGUUGUUU